AUGUUUAGACGAAAGAGAAGGUAUCCAAAUGAGGUGACAACACAUGAAACGAAUGCCAUUCUCGACAAAAGUGAAGCGAAAAUCAAUUCAGUGAAGGAAUACAACGAUGAGAGCAAAGAUGUGUUGAGUGCUAUGAUUGCAAAGAAUAUAUCAAACGAAUUGAAUGCCGAUAAAGAGUUGCUGUUAACAAGACCUCCCAAACUGGAGAUGUCCAACAGUUUGAACAGUUUGCCACUUCUGGUCAAGAGUUUGGACGGAAACAAGGACUACAUUAGAGAGAUCGAUGACUUGGAAAGUAUAGAAAGCGAUUCCAAACUGACACUAAAUGACAAUAAAAGUGACACCGAAGAAGUCUUACAAGAGUUGAAUAAAUUGGACCUCGAUUUGGACGACAGGGAAAGCAAAUACCCGAUGAGGUAUUCAAGCCGUAAAAGAGGUCAGUCGUGGAGUAACUGGGAUAACAAUAUGCACGUUGAGCUCAACGCGGAGUCAAGUCUAAGCAGUUUUUCUCGUCCGGCCUCUACUAAUGAGAUCCCAGGCCUUAAAUCAAAGUCUUAUACGGCGCCCGAGACCAGAGGCCAAAUGGAUUACAUAGAGUUCCUCGCAAAAGAG